UGUGUGUGUGUGAGGCACAGGUUCACAUGGACAGGGAGUACUUAAAUAUUAAACGCUUUGCAGAGGUACACCAUUGUUUGCCCUCCAUUUCAGAGAGGCAGUUGUGGUUGGUUGGGAACAAACGGCAACAAAAGGCAGAGCCAGUUCUACAGGGAGUUGCGAGCAGAACUUCAAAGUGAGAGAGUGCACUCGGGUGUAAAACCAUCUGACAAAGGGCGUGAACCAUGGAGAAACCAAUACAGAACUGACUGCAAAAUGUUAGCAGACGUUGGACUUUCGGUACAUUAAACAUGGAUGGAACUGUGAGUGGAACGUCAGAACCCCAAGAGACCAGAGAGCUACAAAAUAAACCUGAAGAGGAAGAGGACAGGGUCUCGGAUGUUGUCGUGUCUGAAGCUCCAGUUGAGGGCGAUGUGGAGACUGGGCCGCAGAACUCGAGGGACAGCCGGAAACUGGACUGCAUCAUCUGCUACAGUGUGUAUAAUUUAGGAGAGAGGCUCCCUCGGAAACUCUACUGUGGUCACACAUUUUGCCAGGCUUGCCUAAAACGACUGGACACCGUCAUCAAUGAGCAGAUGUGGAUUCCCUGUCCACAGUGCAGACAGAACACUCCUCUUCCUCGUGGCGGCGCCAGUGGACUUGACCUAGACCUGGCAGCGUUUCUGGGUGUUAAAGCUGAAGUUGAAAACCAGCGAACCUACAGCCAGAAAGCACCGCUGGACACCAAGAGUUCCUUUAAACAGCCAAUCACAGAGCAGCCUCCCUUAGUCUGGGCCAAUGUGGCAACAGCUGAUCGCCGUUUACAUAGGAGUCCCUGUUGCAAGCACUGCCUGCUCUGCUGCUGGUGGUGCUGAUGUUCCUGAU